CGGUUGGUACGGUUCAAUAAUACCAUAGUCAUACUUGCAUGUUCAUUGGUGAGGUCCAAACCAUUCUCAAAACUGAUUGGUGUAUACACCGGCUGUCAAAAGAUGUGUGUGUUCAUGUUGUGUACCUCGUUGCCUUUUGUAGUGUGUUGCUAGUGGUUGGUGAUUGUUAUUAAGAAAUUAGCAACUAAAAGUGAUUUUGUGCAUUUUCCUUGUGGAAUUAAUGAAUACCAUUUGUACAAAAUAAUAAUGUAAUCUCUAAGUCACAAGAAAUUUCUAAGUGAAUAAAAUAAUAAAACAAUAUUGUACUUUCUUGUACAACAAUAUAAAAAGGUUUUUGAAGGUUAUCGAUCAGAUCUUAUCAAAAAAGGGAAUUAUACAUUAUAAUUAGCAAAGUAUGUAAGCUUGUCAAUAACUCCUACAAUUUAUUUUGAAUGAAGUAGGCUGUUUUAAAAUUGAUAACAUCUAAGACCAAAGGGUUUAGAAUAUCACAAUUUAAUUUAUUAUGACAAUAAAAUAUAAUUCAGGUAAAUUAGAAACACCUAUUAGGUGGAAUUACAAACAUUAAAAUUAUUGAAUUAUAAUUAAAAAAGGUAAAUUAAUAAGAUCAUGGCUGUUGGUUUAUAGAAAUAAAUGUAUAGAAUUAUAUCUGUUUAUAUAUAAAAUAUGACAUUUGAAUCUAGGGCCUCUCAUAUUUUGGGAACAUAGCCUAUUUAAAAAUAUUUGUCAGGACAACUUUUAGAAACCAUUUUACUUACCAGUGUGCCAUAAAAUGUUUGCUAAGUUAAAACAGUCAUGCAUUUUAUACAAAUUAAAUUAACCUAUGCAUCGUUAUUGAAUGAACAAUUUUAAAAAGUCUCAAACUUCUGAAGUGCUAUAUAUGGUUGAGUAACAUUUUAAACAGAUUCAGGCUUAAAACCAAUUUAAGAAAGUAUUUGAUCUCUGUAUAACAAUUAUUAAUGUUUAGCAGCAAUGUUACCAGUUAAUGUGGCCUAUCCAACAAUUGCUGUGUUUUUGUCUGAGCAUAAGCUGUGAUAUUGACGAAGAGUUUGGAAUGUACAAGAGCGAUGUCUAUGAGCAACGGUAGCCCAAAUUACACUGGAGCAAGUUCUACAACCAUGGGCGUCCCUUACCAAACACGAAUCCCUGCGACAGGAAAUGGGGACAUUUUAGACGAGUGGCCUAAUAGUACAAUCAAUGUGUCAUUAAUAUCUUCAGUGUUCGGUGUAACUUACUGCACUCACUGGGGACCGGUGAAUCACGGUUAUUUCCAACUAGCCAACACCUUCUUUUUCCUUUCUUAUCUUGCGCCAAAUGGAUUGUACGGUAUCUUGUACUUAAGAUGUACUCUAUUAGUGGGCUGUGCUUUUUUCGCCCUUUGGGGAUGGGCAGUGCUAUGUUCGUUUGAUGCAUUUCUGUGGAACGCAAAUUUUGUUGCUAUAAACUUUAUACAUGUGUGCAUUCUGCUGUACCACCUAAGGCCGAUUAAGUUCACAAAAGAAGUUGAAGAGGUGUACCAGGCCCUGUUCAGACCGCUCAAGGUCACCAGGCACCAAUUUAAGAAGGUGCUGGACUGUAUGAAGAUGAUUCGUCAGCUCAAGUACCAAGAGGUCUACGCACAAGAGAAAGUUACCAAAGUCGACAGUUUAUCUUUGGUCCUUUCUGGCAAGCUGGUCGUAUCGCAGAACGGCCGUGCUCUCCACAUCGUGUUCCCCCACCAGUUCCUUGACUCUCCAGAGUGGUUCGGAGUGUCUACCGAUGAGUAUUUUCAGGUGUCGGUGACAGCGAUGGAGGAUUCCCGAGUGCUGUUAUGGCACAGAGAUAAACUCAAGUUGUCCAUCAUCACUGACCAGUUCCUGCAGGCUGUCUUUGACCACAUCCUCGGCCGUGAUGUUGUAAAGAAGCUUAUGCAGAUGCCUGUCCUCGCGUCUGCGUCUUUAAGUGAGGUUAGCGAGACCAUGUCCGCAGCCAACAGUCACAAUGGUCACCUGGCCAGUGUAGACGAUGCAGACGACAAGCCGAUGUUGAUCGUCAAGAAGACAGGUGAUGGACCAGGCAUCACUGCCCUCAUCAAUCGCCAGCUGCAAGAUCACUCUGAGCAUGCACCUUUGAUACGUAGAGUGUGCCAUGAACGUAGCCUAGAAAUGGUUAAUCUGGCCCUUCACAAUCCUGUGUCCUAAUGUUGGCAGCAAACGACCCAAACGCUUGGCGACUGGGGCGCAUUGAAGAGACAGACCACGAGACGCCCGUUUGACUCAAUAGUCUGGGACCCUCUCGGAACCCCUGUCUGAACAAUGUUUCUAAAUUUUGAAUAGAUCUCUGUAUUUAUGUGAAAACCGUGUAAAUUAUACUCAAAGAUGAUAUUUUUACUUUAUUUCAAUUUGUGAUAUAAACGUACUUAAGUUAAUAUAUUUAUGUAUCAGAUGUUUUUCAUGUGUUGGUUUACAAGGUGUAUAUGUUGUACCUGUACGGUGUAUUAUUCUGAUGUGCAAUUUUCUUUCUAUUGAUUGUUGAACAAUCUGUAAAACCUGAUGAGAAUUAGUUCUUAGUAAGAAACAUGACAUGUUGUAUAAUAGCAUGACAGUUGGAAUUCUCUGUUGUACAGACGGAUGUCUACAGGUAAUUAAAACUACUAGCUUCUAAAUAUAAGUGGUUCUUAACUAGCAUGGUUAAAAAAUUAAUUUUCAUUCUUCAUAUUACUGUAAUAUUAUAAUUUGUAGUAAUCCAUUAACAACUUUAAAGUGUAACAAUAGUUGUAUUAGUUAAUGUUAGUUUUGGUUGAUUUAUAAAAUGUUACAACAUUUAAAACUGCUUAUUAUACGGAACUUUUGAUACAUGUAGCAUUAUAAAAAAUUUACAAAAUUUUAUAAGUUACGUUGGGUUUGUGAUUUUUGAUAUGGUGUUUUGUGUAAAGUAAAAGGAAAUAAUGGUUUCAUUUUUCA